AAAGCGCUCACAACACAUGCGCCCCCUGCUGCUGACAUGAGUGGCACUGCACUCACUGGAGUCGCAGGGAGUUUAUGUUUGUAGUUGGCGCUAUAGCAUUGUUUACGAGUAUAUUGCAAACAUGUUGGUUUUGUUCAGUCACUGGCACAAUUGAAAAACGUAAAAUACAGUCGCAUAAUAUCUCAUAACGAGAAGAUAAUCGAGUAUUGGCUCGAAAUUCGAUUCAGAAAACACUGGUUUUGUUGACGACUACCGUUAGCAAGCUUUAGCUGUCGCUAAAGUAACUAGCUAUGUGAUAAUCGGCUGUACUAAACACUGGACACCCAGACUGUCCUGGACACCCCGAAGUAUGUAGAGUGAACAGGACACAAGCCAUUCUCACCCUAGCAAAAAGGCUUCUGAGAUUGUGUUUGACUCAUUCCUGGAGUGAGAAUUAAGCAUAUGAUUGAACAUCAAGUAAUAGAGACUGUAGAAUGGUGAGAAAGAUGUCGAUCACAAACACCCCCACAAGCAACGACGCUUGCUUGAGUAUCGUGCACAGCCUGAUGUGCCACAGACAGGGUGGAGAGAGCGAGACAUUCGCCAAGCGAGCCAUCGAGAGCCUCAUCAAGAAACUGAAGGAGAAGAAAGAUGAGCUAGAUUCUCUCAUCACAGCCAUCACCACCAAUGGAGCUCACCCCAGCAAGUGUGUCACCAUACAGCGCACCUUGGAUGGACGGUUGCAGGUAGCAGGGCGUAAAGGCUUCCCCCAUGUGAUUUAUGCCACAUUGUGGCGGUGGCCUGACCUGCACAAGAAUGAACUGAAGCAUGUGAAAUACUGCCAGUUUGCCUUUGACCUCAAAGCUGACAAUGUGUGUGUUAACCCAUACCACUACGAGAGGGUGGUAUCACCAGGGAUUGACCUUUCAGGACUGACUCUUUCAACCUCAGGCACACUCAUGGUCAAAGAUGAGUAUGAAUUUGAGAACCAGCCAUCUCACUCUGGUGCUGAUGGCCAGCACCAGACCAUCCAGCACCAGCCCUCCAGACCAGGGGGUCCCCAGGAGUUGUUCAGCAGCUCGGCUCGGCUCCCUCACCCUGAGGGCAGCAGCUCUGCCUCUACCUCUGCCUUCUCCAGCCUCGAUGCUGGAGCCUCAACCCAGUCCACUAGCCUUCUGUCAGGGAGCCAUAGCACUGAAGGGCUGCAGCAGUUAUCCUCAAGGCCAGGCCCAGGGCCUUCACAGGGGCAGAGCGGCUUCUCCCUGGCACAGAGUGCCACAUCCCAUCACAAUGCCGCCUCAGGCUGGCCGACAAAUGGGAACUUCACCCCCCCAGUGCCUCACCACCAAAAUGGGCACCUGCAGCACCACCAACCCAUGACCCACACUCCACACUACUGGAUGGUCAACAAUGAGAUUGCAUUCCAGCCCCCCAUCUCAAAUCAUCCGGCCCCUGACUACUGGUGCUCCAUUGCCUACUUUGAGAUGGAUGUUCAGGUGGGGGAGACGUUCAAAGUUCCGGCCAGCUGCCCCACGGUGACAGUGGAUGGGUACGUGGAUCCCUCAGGAGGGGACCGCUUCUGCCUGGGCCAGCUCUGCAACGUCCACAGGACAGAGGCCAUCGAGAGAGCGAGACUUCACAUUGGUAAAGGGGUGCAGCUGGAGUGUAAAGGGGAAGGUGACGUGUGGGUGCGUUGCCUUAGCGAUCAUGCAGUAUUUGUGCAGAGUUAUUACUUGGACAGGGAGGCAGGACGGGCCCCUGGAGACGCAGUGCACAAGAUCUACCCCAGCGCCUAUAUCAAGGUGUUUGACCUGCGUCAGUGCCACAGGCAGAUGCAGCAGCAGGCAGCCACAGCCCAGGUGGCAGCCGCAGCACAGGCAGCAGCAGUGGCUGGAAACAUCCCCGGGCCUGGCUCUGUGGGAGGCAUCGCGCCCGCCAUUAGUAUGUCUGCGGCUGCGGGUAUAGGAGUGGACGACCUGCGCAGGCUGUGUAUCCUGAGAAUGAGCUUUGUGAAGGGCUGGGGGCCUGACUACCCCCGGCAGAGCAUCAAGGAGACACCGUGCUGGAUUGAGAUCCAUCUCCACCGGGCCCUGCAGCUACUGGAUGAGGUGCUGCACACCAUGCCCAUCGCUGACCCUCAGCCCUUGGACUGAGUUAUAGAACUGCAACACAUUCACGAACUGUCCAUAGCCAGCCAACCCUUGAACUGACUGAUGGACUGCCCAUGCCCCGUAGGCUAGUCCAUCUUAACUAUUUAUCAUCCCGCUGUCUGCUGUGCUGAAUGGGAUGAGAGAGCAGAAGAAUAUAUAUAUGAUUUAUAUUUUAUACCCGCUGGCAUCACAGCCAGCCAGAGUUUCCGCUCUGAAGAUACCAGCUCAUGAAUCCGUUUUCUACUCGCCUCAGAAUCAGGAUACACGGUCAUGAAUCCGUUUUCUACUCGCCUCAGAAUCAGGAUACACGGUCAUGAAUCCGUUUUCUACUCGCCUCAGAAUCAGGAUACACGGUCAUGAAUCCGUUUUCUACUCGCCUCAGAAUCAGGAUACACGGUCAUGAAUCCGUUUUCUACUCGCCUCAGAAUCAGGAUACACGGUCAUGAAUCCGUUUUCUACUCGCCUCAGAAUCAGGAUACACGGUCAUGAAUCCGUUUUCUACUCGCCUCAGAAUCAGGAUACACGGUCAUGAAUCCGUUUUCUACUCGCCUCAGAAUCAGGAUACACGGUCAUGAAUCCG